AUAUCGACGACCAUGUGCGCAUACGCUUGGUUGAUCGUUUGAUAUAAAACCACAGUCCGCAGCAAAUGUAGGUUUGCGAAUCUCAUCAGUCUUGAAUUUGCUGGAUCGUUGCAAUCAUGGGCUUCACAACACUCCUUGUCGCAUCACUGGCAGCUGCCACUAGCGCAGUGCCUCUCAUGAACCCUAUUCAGGCAAUUCAAGCUGCAGGCCCGCCAGCUGGUCAGGUCAUCACCAAGUGCAGCUCCCCUGGAAUGAUCGCACUUGCCUACGACGACGGCCCAUAUCAAUACACUCAGAAGCUCGCCGAUAUCCUUUCCAACGGCGGCGCGAAGGGCACAUUCUUCGUCACUGGCACGUUGUAUGGCUGCAUCUACAACCAAAAAACCGCCCUCCAAAACGCUUACAAAGCCGGCCACCAAAUCGCCUCCCACACCUGGACGCACCCACAUAUUGGCUCCCUCUCCGCGUCCGCCCUCACCACGGAGAUGACCAAGCUCGAAACCGCGCUCGUUAACAUCAUCGGCGUGAAGCCAACCUACAUGCGCCCGCCCUACCUCGAGACCUCCGGCAGCGUGCUCUCGACGAUGAAGACGCUCGGGUACCGCGUCGUAACCGACGACGUCGACGCUGAGGACUGGAACGGCAAGACGCCGGCACAGAGCCAGGCCAAGUUCCAGGCUGCGGGCGCGGGUGGUAAUGGGCAUAUUCCGCUCAUGCAUGAGACUUAUCAGGGGACAGUGGAGACCCUGACGCCGUGGUUGAUUAACUGGGCGAAGCAGAACAAUUUGAAGCUGGUUACGGUGGCGGAGUGCUUGGGAGAUGCGGGAGGUGCUUAUACCAAUGGAACGGGGAAUGGGCAGUCGAGCUGCUGAAAUGGAUACGGGGUGGAAUAGUGUAUUACGUGCUUGGGCACCCCAACUGAAAAGCGACAUGUUGAUGAUUGAAUCAUGCGAGAUUCUGCUGCUCAGAGCAAGUGCAAGUGCGCAAGUACCAUCCCGUGGCCGACUUGCCACAGAGAUGGUUACAAACUUUCCACGUGCGGCCAUCCGUUCCAGAUCCGCAUGCUCGUCCAUCCUUCCAUCCGCCUGCACGAAACCUCACUCGCUGCUGAUAAUAUCGUCGAUGCAGAUUUUAUACUUCGAUUAUUACAGAAUUACAUCGUUUCCUGCGAUCGGCCUGCUACGGUGUUGCUCCACUCUACUUCUUCUCGGUCGCAGGCCUUGAAGGCCCAUCGACGGCCUUCUCAACCUGUCCCGCAA